AGUGAAAAAAAUCUCUGCAUUUCAUUUGUUUGGGUGAGGUUCUGAAGUGCCGUGGUGGGGUAGCGGAGUACAGGAAUACGCUACCGUACCUGUAUCGCUGUGUUAGUGCAUUCGAACUGAAGCAUGUCAGUUCCAAGCGAUACAGACGAAGUAGCUGUUACCGAUGCCAGGCCGUCUAUAAAUGGACUGGAAGAAAUUGAGCCAGGAGCAACGGCAGAAAACCAGUCACUCGUUGUGAGCGAAGAACUAACAACAGAAACUAAGGAAUGGGACGAAAAUGCAACUGAUCACCACUUUACCAAUGCUGCAGGAAUUAAAGACUUAACUCGGCUGAUGAGAAGUGUUUCUGUGAAAGCUGAUGAAGAGAAAACGAAAACUCCAGUUCACAGAGCAAAAAGUGAUUCUCAUAAAACAGUGACAAGACAUCCAAGUGGCAAUUCACAACUCGGUGAAUUCUCUGGGACUGACUCCAUUCCAAUACCCGAGCUAGACCGCCAGUUGUCAACAACAACAGCAGGGAGUGACUAUCCAGACACUUCUACAGCUUCGUUCAAUUCUGACUUUGAAAAUGAAAACUUUUACUCUGGCGUUGAACAACCUAAAGAUCUACCUGUAGAUGAAUCUCAAGUUGAAUCUGAAUUUGUUAUGAAUGAAAACUGGAGAAUGAAAGAGAGACAUGUGUUUGUGCUAACUGAAGCAGGCAAACCAGUUUAUACUCGUCAUGGUAACGAAGAUAAACUUGCACCAUUAAUGGGCGUCCUGCUUGCUAUAGUAUCUUGCGUUUAUGAUAGAAAAGAUAUUCUGCGAUAUGUGGUGGCAGGAGACCAUAAAUUUGUUUUUAUGCCCCGACCACCUCUCAUUUUUGUUGGGAUUUGUUCAACUAAAGAGUCUGUGCAUCAGAUCCAAGUCCAGCUAACAUACAUUUACAAUACAAUAAUCAGUGUAUUAACUCUCAGUCAACUUACGAAAAUUUAUGACACAAAGAAGAAUUUUGAUUUGAGAAGGCUUUUGACAGGCACAGAUAAAUUCCUGAACAACCUUUGUAAAUCGAUGGAUUCCGAGCCUCAGUUCUUAUUGCAAGCUGUUCAAUGUUUGCCGGUCAAUGGCAAUGUAAGGGAUGUGAUAGGACAGGCACUACAACAGGCUAAGACUGAAGAUUUAGCUUUUGCAUUAUUAAUAUCCCACAAUCAAAUAGUGAAUAUUUGUCGAUUGAAAGAACAUAGCCUUCAUCCCAGUGAUAUUCAUGUCAUAUUGAACAUAGUCAAUUCCUCAUCGAGUGCUUUUCAUGCCGGGGAGAGCUGGACUCCCAUAUGUCUACCUAAUUUCAACUCUUCAGGAUUUCUUCAUGCUCACAUCUCGUAUCUAGAUGAAGGUUGUACGACAUGUUUGAUUCUUCUUUCUGCGGACAGAGAUGCUUUCUUCACUUUGUCUCAUUCUAAAAGUCUGGUUCUUCAAAAGUUACAAAGACACGAUUGUUUAGAAACUCUAGCACAAGCAGGAAGAGUGGAUACCUAUUCUGUUAGGAAAGUUGGAAUUUCAGUUCUCAGGCAUUUUAUUUACAAAUCAAAAAGCACUUCACAGUUCACCUGUCCCGAAAUUGGUCAUCCCUACAUCACAGAAGAUAAACGUAAGCGAAUAUUCAGUUUAUAUCAGCACGCCCAUGGCAGGAUUCAUGAUGGCUCUUGCCCAUUGAAACUUUUGUAUCUUGUAUUGGAAACUGAGACUAUAUUGGGAUGGGUAACUACUGGUUUUGAACUCUACGCCAUAUUUGGACCUCUCGUCACAAAGAACUCGGCAAUACAAGCAGUUAAUAGAUUACUUAGAUGGAUAAAAAAGCAAGAAGAUGAGCUGUUUAUACUUAGACCUCCGAUAUUUUGAUUUUGAUGUGAAUUCUUGAAGCGCUUUUCACUUUGGAGCUUAAAAUAGGUAUAUAUUGCAAUAGGGUGCAAUACAGAAAAACGGAAUAAAAUUAUGACCUAACCCUAACCUGGUACACACACUACGGGAGUUCCCAAUAUAAUGGCUUCCAUACAAUAUUGCGACUUUCCUUCUUCAGGAUGAGCAGAUGACUAUCACACAUAAAGGAUCUUCUAUAUUUGGAUUAUAAAAUUGAUAACGCUUUUAACUUUAAACAGAGUAACUUCCUUGCAUUAUAUGUAUUUUGAUUCCAUGAUCAGCACAGUAGGAAGGGGAAUAAAUGGUGCUCUCUAAGUUGGCGCACAGCGUGAACUUAGUAUUUGUACCAGGUUAGAGUUAUCUGGCUGUAUGCCAUCUUGGUGCACAUACUUCUGGAGCGCCAAAUAAUUAAUAGAAAUAGACAACAAAAUACUGAUUACAGAAUCAGGCUAGCAAGAAAACCCUAUAGUAGGCACUAUUCAAAUUUUUGUCAGCCGGUUCCAUUCUAUUUUUCAGCCGGUUCUGUUACAAACAGAAAAUUGACAGUAACCAGUAGUGCUAACAGGUUCGCUGAUCUUAUAAAAUUCCGUGAGAGGAUUCUAUCGAACCGGCUGAAUCCCACUUCUGCAUAUAAGAUGAGUUCUCCAUAAUCAGCAUAACUGGUGAUAAACAAUAAUUGAUAAAAGUGAACAAAUAAAAACUGAUUACAGAAUCGGGAGCGUAAACAAAACCUUUAAAUUUAAACAAUUGGAAAAAAAAUAUUUAAAUGAAAGGCUUAAAGUAGUGGUACGUGUUCACUCAACCUAAAAUAUAUUAAUUCACACAAACUCACGUCGGUAACGAAAUAUAACUAAGUUCCCAUGAACAUUAUUUUUUGCAAUAGUUUAUAUAUUUAUUUUAAUCUUAUGCAAAUCUAUUGUUAAGUUCCAUUCGUUAAACUUUUUCUUGAUUAUCUUUGAAGAGUUGAAAUUUGAAUCAAUUUCUGCAUUUUUUGUUAUUUGAAUAGAAUGAAAUUGUCAUCUUUUAACUCUG